GUUAGUGCCCGUUUACAAUUGAUUAAAACCAAAACACACAGACGCGCAGACAACAAUAACACUUACACAGCACACACUGGCGUACCAUUGUGAAAAUUGAUUAAAGAUUAUAAGCUUUAUCAUACACAAACACACACACACAACCGAUUACAAGUGGCAGCACCCCAAGAACGACCGCAAGUAAAAGCAGACGUACAGAUGAGGGAACACUAUUAAGUCCUUCUAAAGCACUGCCAAACCAUAAGUGAGACGACAGGAGCAAGAAAAGGAGGAGGAGUGGAAGUGGCAGUGGGAGCGGGAGCGGGUGCAUCCCCUCCAGAAAUCGGGAGCCAAGUCGAGAAGCUAGAGGCGUCACCAAAAAGGCUCCAUGAUGCUGUACGUGUUCCAUGUGGAUGUCGGCCGCAUGCUGAGCUUCGACAUGAACGUGGCCCUGCAAUCGGUGGAGAACCUAAAGGAGACGAUCCAGAAGCUGCACGGCAUCCCCUCCGCCAAUAUAGUGCUGCUGGUAAGCGGCGGCGAGAUGUUAACGCACUCCACCCAAGUGUCAUGCUACUCGGCGGGCACCGACACGAAUCCCAUCUACAUGUUCCUCACGGGCGAUGAGCGUCCGGCGCCUACGAUAUCCAACACGGAUGCAGAUGCCGAGCUGCGUCGCCAGGUGGAGGAAAGCCACCGCCUGCCGCCUGCUCUGGAAACAGUGCGUCAGCGUUCGCAAUUGGCGCAGCAUAUGCGUGAGCUGGCCAGAAAGGAAGAGGCGCUUUGCGAGCGAUUGGUCCAUGAGCAGCACCUCCAACAGCAGGGCUGGUCAGCUGUAGUGGCCAAUAUGGAGGAUCUGACGAAUGAGUUCCGUGAGCGCUUCCAUAACUUUUGCUUUUCCUUCGAUCGGCAUCUUCAGAAGCGAGACCAACAGCUAGAGCUGUUGCGCAACUUUGCCGAUGAUCUCAAGCAGCUGGGCAGGAUACCUAUACUCCCGGCUCUCAUGUCUCUGGCAGAGGCUGAUUUCCAUGGCUUUGACGAGUUGCUGGACAACGAUGAUGUCUUUUCCGCCCAGCAGCAGCAGCAGGGGCAGCAACAACAACAGCAGCUGAUGCCGGAACAACCGGCAGGAAGCGGUCUAUCCGAAUCCUCACAGGCGGAUUCGCCCAACAAGAAACUCAAGAUGGGCGAUGAUGAAGCGGAGACUGGUGAGCAGCAGCAGGAGCGCGUUUCCCAAACUUCGACCAGCAGCAGUUCGUUGGCGCGUCGCCCCAACCUUAAUCUGCUGCAGUGGAUUAGCUCGAAAGGCAACCGCAGUGCCUUGCAACUCAUGUCCGACGAGUGCAUGCAGGGUCUGGACAUCUUCAGUGCCGAAAUCUACGAGAAGCUCAAGGAUGAGGUCAAGCAGAUCAUCAAGAUGGCCAACCAAAGCGAUGUCAAAGAGAUUAAAGGCCUCGGUGACCGUCUGUGCAAGCUGGAGGAGUUCAAGUUUCGCAUCAAGAAGAUGGUGAACGAUCAGAAGGAACAGGCCCUGGCUCUGCAGCAAAACGAGGCUCGGGCGCAGAAUCUUCGCGACAACUCCGUCCUGCCGGACCUCUGCCUGUCGCAUCGCUCCCAGCUGCAGGUGAUGCUGGAGAAUCAUACCAAGAUCCGAGAGUACUGCCGCUGCAUAGCUAACUCAAAGGACGAGCUAGGAUGGAAUCUGCACACACGUCUGCGGCGGAUUGUUUGGAUCGAGAAUGGAAUGAGCGAAUUCGAUAAUCGGCUGCUGUUCAAUCAUAGGUGUUUGCGGCGUGCAGAGCGCCACAUUAGCAUCAUUGAGCAAAUCCACAGGGCACCCAGCACCUAUGUGGCUGCCGUGGCGGAAGUGGUGCGCCGCAAGAUAUUUUCGGAUGAGUUUCGUCAGUGGGCCACCCGCCUGUCCGUGGACUUUGACCGCAUCCACAGCGAAGAGUUGCGCCGAAGGACGGAAUUUAACGCUAGCUUCGAAGGCCACUUCCUUAAUAUCCUAUUCCCCGGCAUGGGUGACAUGCCGCCCGCCUUUGCGAACGAACAUCCCCUGAGCUUUGACACUCGCCUGCCGCCGCUCAGUCGAUCGGACAUGGAGCUGCUUUCAUCGCAGCUACCGGAAUUGGCCGGCCAGCUGCAGUUGCCCGAUAUGAAGCCUGUGAUCGAGUUCUUUGUCCUUCGCACCAGCAACCAGCAACAGGAUCAGCAGGAGCCGGAUCAAGAGCAGGAGCCAGAGCAGGAUGGCCCACUGAUAGCAGCCCCGCGUUUGGCUGAGCUUCAGGCGCUGGCAACGGCGUCUGACUGUGAGACGGACACGGAAACAGAAUUUGAGAAGCUUAGCUCCACGUCGAAGUGUGUGGCUACCUCAACGUCCACCAGUUUGGUGGAGCAGGUUGCUCGUUCCACCGCUACCGAAGAACUGCUUAUGCUGAGUGCUGGCACUUUGACGGAGGAGAAUGGCGGCAGCUUGCAGGGGAUGCGCAACGCCAUGGAGGACAUGUCCAAGUUGGCGCGGGCCUGCCUCUCUGAAGCUCGCUCCAAUUUGAGCGCCUUCCGCAGUGAUGCCGCUGGAUACCAGGAUGAGCUGCAAUCCGAGUUGCAUCUCAUGCAGGACAAGUUUAAUGUACUGAGAAUGCAGUGCCAGGAGCGCGAGCAGCGAUCAAGCGAGCAGCUGGAGCAGAUGCGACUGAAGCUGCAGCUGGCAGAGCAGGAGAAACAGGCGGCGGUUACCCAGGCCAGAGAGCAGCUGAUCCAUGAGCACAAAACAGAGCUGGAGUCGCUGCGGUGCCGCUUUAAGCUGAUGACCUCCAUGGAGCGUUCGCCGUCGGACAGCAGCCUCGAGAAGUUGGAGCGGCCGACGAGUAGUGCUAGUGUGGCUAGUGCCAAUGCCGGCGUGGACAUUGAUCACCUGCUUACGCAGCAGCGCCAAGAACUCACGGCCCAAAAGGAGCGUGCCAUUACCGAGGCCGUAGAGUCGGAGCGAUCGCUGUGGCAGUCGCGUCUCCUGCCAUUGAACUCUGAAUCUGUGAUGGCCAAUGUCGGCAUUCUCAAGGACAUGCUGGCGGAUAAGGAGCGGCAGCUGGAUCAGUUGCGUGAGCAGAACAAGAUCCUCACCCAGGAGACGUACCAGCUGAAGACGCGUCUGGAGAUGAUCACCAACGAGGACGGCAACAGUUGGUUGAAAGAAAAAAUUGACUACCUUAAUAAGGAUAAGUGUCGACUCGAGGAGGAGCUCAGCCAGGAAAAGAACCGGCGCCAGGAGAUGGAGACAAGUGUGGCGGCUAUGAGGAGCUCUGUCUACGAUAUGAAUAUGGUGGGUGGUGCCCUGACCCGCUCCAAGUCUAGCGGCACUUCCAGUCACAGGGCCAUUGCCCUGGAGGGUUGUGCGCGUGGCGAUCUGGUCUUUGUGGUAUGGAGCAUGCGACAUGCCCAAUUUAUGGUCGUACAGGAUUCGCUCACCCUGUAUUUCGUCCACGCCGAUAGCUUGGCUGGUCUGCAGCUUACUGCUCCGGCCGCAGGGCCUACUCCCGCCGGAGAAUCCUCGAUGGCUGUGGCAGAACUGAAUCAAAUCCCGCUGCCCUAUUAUGCCAUUGGACGGGUCAUCGACAAGGAGUACUGCCAGGCGCGAAAGGAUGACAAUCGCUAUCGCGUCAGCAGGGGCUCCAAGUUCUAUCGCAUCAAGCUGGCGCCGUUGCCCUCGCGAAAUGCAGCGCGGCGUGAGCGUCUAGAGUCCAGCUCCUCUGCCGCCACAACUGCUGCCUCGCCCAGAGAUGUCAUUGACGCUGCCCCUGGCCACAGCAGCAGCAGCAACAGUAGCGUCUACCAGAGCUUCAAGCAGCGUACUGUGAGCAUUACCAGCGUAAAUGAGGAGGAUGAUGAGUCGGCUUCGCUGCUCAGCGAGCGCUGUCGCUACAUUAGCGUCAGCGAGGAGGAUGAGUUGCAUGCUGCCGGAGGAGGCACACUGCCCAUGCCAAUAGCCAGCGCAGCUCCAACUGUCACUUCACCGUCAGCAGGCACAACAUCAAUGGCGGCGGCAGGGUCGACGACGACCAUUGCAGCGACGGCAGCAACUCAAGCACAGUCUGUGAUAACAGAGCAGCCAACGGCAUCGAGCAAACUUAAAUUGGAUCUACUGUUGGCCUCUGCUGAUAUAAUAACACAAUCCCCAACACCACAACCACCACAGCAACAGGAACAGGAGUUAAAGCAGCAACACGUUGAAGUGCUGAAGAGUGUGGCGCCUGUGGCUGAAAGAAGUCCAAAUCAGGCCAUCCGACAGUCGGAGGGUGAGGAACCGGAACCGGAAACCAUUUCCAUCUAUGUGCCGCCCCCCAAUCCCCCAGUAACUGCGACAACAACGACAACACCCACUACAAGUGCUACGAGCGUCCUGGCCAGCCUCAGUGUUGAACCAAUGCUACCGAUGUCCAUUAUUGGCACCUCGGCAGCCAUAAGCGAGGACUCUGAUGAGUACCGAUCACUGGAGGGCAAGAACGACGAUGCCGACCCGGAUGACUUCCCCAUCUCCGAAUAACGGGACUAACGUUUAAAUUUUAAAACUACAAGCAUACAUGCAAACAUAUACAUAAGUGGCGUGUGUAUCUCUAGGCUAAAUCUCUUUAACUAUAUGUAGGAACCAGAAAAUAGACAACAUCCCCAGCAAGUAAGCCACAGGUCGGGCCGCAGCGACAUCAGCAACCACACCACUAACAACCACAGCAACAACACCAAUGUGAAAGAGUUAUAUACUUAAUAAAUCUAAAAGUUUACCAAGUGCAGAAUAUAUGGAUAUAUUCGAAGAAGAAACUAAAAAUUGUUCUAAUGAAUGUAGGAUCUAUGUCUACAAAAUGAUAUAAUCUUAUCAAAAGUGAAUCGUACACACACACACACACACAUACACCAAGACCACAAAACUCUAAGUGAAAUAAUUUUCAAAAUUUUUAUUUAAAAUAAAAAUACAUAUAGAAUGUACUUUAACAAAUUUACCUUUUAUAAUCAAAAACAAAUUAACAUACAUUGAUAGUUUUCGGUUAAAAUUCAUUUGUUCUCUUCAUUUGGUGCCAAGAAAAAUAUAUUUCCAAGUCACUUUACUAAUUUGGUAGCAAGUAAAAAAAUUUCAAAAAUGUGAACGAAAUUAUAUAUUUUUUAUAGAAAUUUUUAAAAAUGCGUAUAACACUCACAGACACACACACCCACCACUACCCCACAUAAACACAAUCUUUUUGGGGCUCAGCCUGCAAAAAAACACAGUUUUAUGCUCAGCUUACGCCACCCCCUCCCCAACCCCCCAUCCUCACCACAUAAAUCCCAAGAAAAUCAAAAGGUUCUUUUCUCUCUUUCCCUGUCCCCUGUAUCUCUAAGAAAUUUUGCUUUUUUGACCUUUCGUGUAAAUAAAUAAGAACGAAUAGUUAUAUUUACGCCUUUGAUUCAUAACAAGGAAACACACUUGAAAAUUACAAACAACAAAGUAGAUAUAUAUACACAUUUAAUGACAAUGCGACAAUGAAAAGCUACACUUUUCAGCG